UCAGUACAUUGCCAGCAUAAAUAAAAUUCCCAUUGAAUUAUCAAGUCACUUCGACUCGUGUGAAAAAUCUAUUGAUGAAUGUGGUGAUAAAAAACUCAAGACUCAAGACCUAUUUUAUCAAAAUAGAAGGGUUAGAUACCUAUAUGGCCAAAAAGCAGAUAAGCUGAUAAAUAUUUAUUUAUAAGGAAAACCCUCUUCUCUAUUUCGCAUCAGUAGUGGUCCCAAAAUGAGAACUUCCAUAUUAAGUUUUCUUGUUUUAUCAUUGCUCAACUUGGGGUGGUGCUUCUCCCAAACAGAUGACAAACUUGUCGUCAAUUUACCAGACGGUAAAGUAAGAGGAGCAGAAUAUUCGACUCCCAUAAACAACUUCAGCUAUGUUGGAUUUCUGGCUAUUCCUUAUGCAGAACCACCUGUAGGAGAUCUAAGAUAUGAAUCUCCCCGUCCAGCAAAAGCGUGGACAGACAUCCUCAAUGCUACAAAAGAUGCCAAAUCUUGUUUAACCAGCCAAUCUUUGGUCGAUCCUAAUGCUGAAAGCGAAGAUUGUUUGAAAAUUAAUGUUUACACACCAAAUUUGAAGACUGACCUUCCUCUCCCAGUUAUGGUUUGGAUCUACGGUGGAGCAUUUCGCAGUGGCAAUUCAGCCAAAUCUACUUAUGGACCUGAUUUCCUUAUUGAAGAAAACAUCAUUAUUGUCUCUUUCAACUACCGUGUCGGUCCGCUAAGUUUUCUGGCUACUUCCGAUCACAAUCUUCCGGGCAAUUUGGGCUUAAAAGACCAAGUUUUGGCUUUGCAAUGGGUGCAAAGGAAUAUUGAAUUUUUCGGUGGCGAUAAAAACAAAGUGACAAUAUUUGGAGAAAGUGCCGGAGGUGGUGCUACAGGACUGCACUUGAUUAGCAAAAGAUCUAAAGGUUUGUUUCGUGCUGCAAUCGUCGAAAGUGGUUCUGGGAUUUGUUAUUGGACAGCAGUUCAAGAUGCCAGAUCGGUGGCUUUUAGAAUUGCUGAUUUGAUUCCUGGUGGAAAUUAUGGCAAUGACACUGGGAAACUUAAGGAAUUUUUGAAGCAGAGAAGCGCGACUGAAAUUAUCACCGCUGCACAGAAUUUACUGGAAAGCACUGUCAAUGAAUCAUUGCCUCAAGGUGUCCAAGCUUGGCCUACUUUGGAGCCCGAAAGCGAAGAUGCAUUCAUGACAGAGUCACCCUAUGAAUUAUUGAGAAGAGGAGAGUUCAAUAGAGUUCCAUUUAUGACAGGGGUAACUUCUGAGGAAUCCCUUUCAUUCUUCAGAGAUCUAAAUCACGUCAAAGAGGUAGCCACUAUGUAUGAUCAAGAAAAAGAAAGAGUUUUACCCUUUGAUUUGUAUCCAAACUCGACUGAUGAAGCGGUGGCUGCUGACACUAUCAGGGAUGCCUAUCUGGGUGGCAAAAAUAGACAAUUUGCUGAUAAUUUGGAUGCAUUCAUUAACGUAACAAUAAUCAUUAAAUUAUUAGUUUUAUUGUUUUUGUAGUAUUUUUCAGAUAAUUUGUUUGUAAGGGGAGUCAUGAAACAAGCAGAUUUGGCAUCGGAAUACGUUCCAGUGUACCAUUAUAAAUUUGCCUACUUUGGUGGACGAAAUCGUACAGAUGCCUACGUUCCAGGUGCUGGAAGAGUAGCUCACGGAUCCGAACUUCCAUACCUAUUUACCCGCGACCGACAGAACAUAACAACGGAUCCCUUGGACGUUUUAACACAAAACAGAGCCGUUAAACUUUGGACCAAUUUUGCCAAAUAUUUAAAUCCAACUCCAGAAAAAUCCGAACUACUAAACAAUGUUACAUGGACCACAUUUAAUAAUCAAGAUUACUCGCAAUUGGUUUUUAGUGAAACUUUGGAAAUUAAGAAGAUAAAGAGACUUAACAUCCAUUCUAUGUGGAAUGAUGUUUAUGAAAAAUAUGCCCGCAAACCAAUUAUAACAUUCUAAAUAAAUUUAUAAUGAAUACAUUCGAAAUAUAAAUUAUAACAAAUACAAAAUAAAGCUUAAAAAUAAUAUCUAAAAUAAGUUAUUUUACAUCUAGUGAAACUAUAUACAA